UCUAUUCUUCACCGCUGUUUGUUUCAUCGAAUUUCUGAUUUAUAUUAUUUAUUCAUAUAAUAUUGUCAAUCUAAUCGAUAAUUUAUAUUUGCAUUUUAUUUUCUCUGAAUAUUUGGAGAAAUCGUCCAGAAACGUUUUCUCAGCAACCAAACAGAGAAUUAGGUUUCCAUGGAAUAGCUUUGAAGCAAUUACGCGUUUGGGAAAUCAGAAUUUUGAUCCCAUUGAAAUUGAAACGGAGAAAUUUCAACUGAUCCGACUAUCUGUAAUUUCUUGUUGCAUUUGGCAGUUGAGAGAUCGUAGGAAUUAGUAGAAAAGGUUGUGCUUUUUUGUUUUGGUGCUGGGUUAUGUGAAGAAUACUAUACAAAAAUAAUGUGAAAAGAGAGUGAAAUUUUGGUAACUUCAGUGGGAUUAUAGUGUCAUUUGGUACGCUAAAGUCUUUUCGGGAAGAGAAGUGAUCUCCGCACACCCCAUUUCUUUCCGUGCACACACUUAAUGAGAAUCGAGGGACAUAAAUAAACUGUGGUGUGCAGAAGGAGAAAAGAAGUGUGCGGAAAUCAUUUUUCUUUCAGUAUUCCAUGGAAUUAAAGUUUAAAAUUGCCAUAGUUAAAACAUUUUAGCAGCCUAAGACUUUUUUUUUUACUAUUUCCUUUGGAGUUGUAAGGCUGAAAGUGAAUUAUGUAAGAAGGAAAAAAAAAAUGAGAAUAGUUGGAAGGAAAAGGGGUAGUGUCAGAAGAAAAUGGUGAACAAGGUUAUGUUAAGGCAGUCUUGGUGGGGAAGGGGGCAAUGUAAUAAGGAAAUGGUAGAGCUAGUUUGAAAAUUUAGUUGUGGUGCUGGGCGGCACAGGUGUUGCGGAAUGAACUAGAUUGAAAAUUGUGUAUCCAUGAAGAUUAGGAUAAGAAGCUAUGUUACAAGUAUCUAGUAGGUGACAAUACAUAUUACAUACAAUACUGGUAGCGGUGACAUUAUUAGUCUAAGCGGUCUAAGUUGGUAAAGUGAUGAUGGUGGUGGCAGCUGUGGAGUCGUAGCAGUUCUGUUAUAGUGAAGGUUGUAGCUAUGGAAGGGGGAAUAGAGAACGAGACGGUGAUGGAAUGUGUGAGAAAGAAAAAUGUGACUCUUUAAGUUGUUUGCACUUUCUUCCCAAUUGGGACGAAAAUUGUUUUCGCUUCUUCAACUAUGGCAUACAACUUCUUUGUCGUUUUUACUUGAUUUUAGAGAGAAAGGGAAACAAACGUAGUAUAGUGCAAAUGCAGCUUGAUAUGUUUAACUGAACAAUACUUUGCAUACGUUUAUCUACGGUUACAAUCUGGUCUUCAUCUAGCCAAUAUGCGUAUUGGGCUCAGCUACAUCUAUGGUUAUUGCAAUUUGACUAGCGUGAGCUAUCCUUUCUAUUGACAAAAUUCUUAAGUUGCAGGUUAAGGAUGUAUGCCGGUUCUUCUACCACCAGUGACCAUGUAAGGGCUAACUGGACUCCAUCACAAGACAAUUUUUUCAUUGACCUUAUGCUAGAACAAGUGAGCAAAGGGAACAAAACCGGUCAUGGAUUUAGGAAACAAGCUUGGGCAGAUAUGAUUGUACUCUUUAAUAAUGAAUUUGGGUUUAAGUAUGAUACAGAUAUUCUGAAAAAUCGAUACAAAAGAUUGAGGAAGCAGUACAGCGAGAUGAAGAGUCUUGUUGAUCAGGGAAACUUUAGAUGGGAUGAAACGCAACAGAUGAUAACAGCUGACGAUAAUGUGUGGAAUAAUUAUAUCAAGGCCCACCCUGAAAUGCAACCGUACAGAACAAAAGUCAUUUCGCAUUAUGACGAGUUGUGCAUAAUAUGUGGCCAUGCAGUUGCUGAUGGAAGAUACAGUCUUUCAUGUUACGAUAUGGACUUUGAGAACGAAGCAAGAGGAAUGGAAUUUCAAGAUCCCACUGAUGCUGAUCCUAAAAAAAUUGACUGGUCACAGAUUAUGGACCAAUUUUUCGUUGAACUAAUGUUGGAUGAAGUGCGCAAAGGGAAUAAGGUUGGUUGCACUUUCAAGAAGAAAUCAUGGAUUACCAUGAUCACAUGCUUUAAUGAGAAAUUCGGGUUUCAGCAUGGUAGGGCUGUAUUGAAAAAUCGGUACAAUGUCCUCAGGAAACAUUACAGUAGCGUUAACGCCCUGCUUGAUCAAAAGGGUUUUACUUGGGAUGAAACACAACAAAAGGUGGUAGCUGAUGAUCCGGUUUGGAACAAAUAUAUAGAGGCACAUCCCAGUUUCCACAUGUACAGAAAUAAAGCUAUGCCAUAUUAUUCCGAUUUGUGUGUCAUAUGCGGAAAUGAGGCUAGACUUUUGAAAGAAGUUCCAUCAAGCUGCAAUGAAGCUCUUGACAAGGGAACCUUUGCUAAGAAAAUUGACGGAGAUGCUACACCUAUUGUUGACAAACAAAAUGUUCAGAAAAAAGCAUUGGAUUCAAGUGAUGUCAAGAAUUUAUCAGAUCAAAAGGAAAGGCACAGUCACGAUGUCACACAAACCUUACACCAGUCUAAGAAACCACAAAGAACGGAUGGAGUUGCGGCCAAUGCUCUAGGAGAUAUGGCAGUUGCAGAGUCACCGUUGAAGAAGAAACUGAAGAAAGAGGCAUCUGUAUCCAUAGAGAAAGUUAUUGAUGUCUUAAAGGCUAUACCGGACAUUGAUGAUGAUUUACUACUGGAUGCCAUUGACCUUUUGGAGGAUGAGAAGAGAGCCAGGAUGUUUUUAGCAUUGCACCCCGCUCUGCGAAAGAAGUGGUUGAUGAGAAAGCUUCGUCCACAGUGAUCCAUCUUUCUUCCUCCUCCCAUUACGUUUACAAGUGUAUAGUUUUGUAUCUCGUAAGUCGAAGUUGGACACGUGAACAAUGCUAGCAAUAUUUGUAGAAAGAGCUCCUUGCUAUACAAUUAUACUUGCUUUUGCUUCAAGUCAUGAAUCAAGAAAAAUUCUAAUC